UCUAGCUGCAGCAAAGAGGACCAGAGCUUCCAACCAAAAUAUCUUGCAGAUCAAGUUACUUCAGACCCCCAGCACCAUGGAACCUCUUCUAUUACUCAGUCAACAAAAUCUCUUGAUUUUAAAACUCUUCGUCCUACUUCGAAAUGUAGAGGCACUUCACCUAGAGGAAGUAAAAAUUUCUCUUCUUCAUCAGAUACGUCUUCUUGCUCAUCUUUCUUCGGAAGAAGACAUUCUUUAUUUGCUAAAUUUCAAAAAAGCAAUACUUCACUUCAUUCUGGACAAAGUAGAGCUAACUUUGAUUCUCAAGAAAAAGGAAGCCUCCGUGAUUUAAAAUCUCGCUCGGCACAUUUUCGAUUUAGAUCUGGAAGUCUUUUCUCUGCCCCCAAACUGAAUGUAAUUUCCUGUUAUGAGAGUGCUAGUACUUUUUUUGAUACUCAUUCAAGUAGUCAGUACAUGUUUAAUCCAAAUGAAAUUGAAAUCACUUAUAAAACCUCGUAUAUUACUGAUGCUGAGAAAUAUAUAAGCUCUAGUUCACCUGACUAUAACACUAAGCAUUUUAUGAGUUCUAAAACAAAAGUUGAUUCCUCAGCCCAUCGGAACACUGUUGCUAGCAUCUAUCAGAGCACAGAGACCAUCCUUACUCUUCCAACUAUAAUUUCCUACUCCUCUCAACAACAUGGAAUUGCCAGUGAUAUUCAAGAAAGAUAUCAAUUAAAGAAAAAUUUCCUUCAUCCUGGUUUAAAAAGUUACAGUAGAAGUAAUUCUCCAGCUGUGGUUCAACAGCCUCCCGCUCAAAGUGUAACUCCCAUUAUUCUCCACAAUACUGGAUUUACUUCGUUUUAUAAAAAUGCUCAUAGCUUUACCCCAUCUCGAAAUGAAGUUACCUCAUAUCCUUUUGAAGAUGAAAACAAUGCUAUCUCGUCUAAAGAUGAAGACAAAUCUUCACCUAAUGAAAUUCCUAAAAUAAGGUCACCUCAGACUUUACCCUUUCUUAGAAGGGCAGCUCAAAUCAGAAGCUUUUCCCCCAGUCACAUCCUAUAGUCUGUAGAAGUCAAUGCUCAAUUUUCAUAGAAAUCUCCUCCCUUACUAAACUUUAUUGCAUAUUCUAAAAAAAAAACUACAUU